UCCCAGGAUCGGAAAUAAUGAGCUCUGAGCUCGUUCCGUAGGGUAACGUCUGGCUGCCUCGUCAGAGACUGCAGCAGAUCAAACAGUGAAUUACACACACACAUGCAUCUCACAGCUGGGUGAUGAGUGUGCUUGACGGGUGUGUGUGUGUGUGUGUGUGUGUGUGUGGUUGCAGGUGGCGUGCGGUGGACAGCAGGGGCGCAGAUGGCCAGUGACGACAGCAGGUCCAUGUCAGCUGGAAGAGGAAGGCUUAGGGGUGCUGCAGCACUUAGGCCUGGCCGGGGUGAACAGAGUGGCCAGCCCGCAGGACCCUUGGUCAAGGCGAGUGGCGUGGGCGGUGGUUCUGGCGUGCGGGUUGGCGGGGACCAUCUUCCUUAUCAGCGAUAAGGCACAGCAAUACCUGAGGCGCCCCACCACUAUGAGGGUGUCCUACGAUGACGCCAACCUCACCGCCUUGCCCAGCGUCACCGUUUGUCCCAGUGACAAGUUUGACUUCCACAAUCUGCUGAAGCUGUGGCGGAAAGCUGGACAGCGCGACAAGAUGCCCAAAGACGCAGACCUCAAACUGCUGGCCGUGUCUAACCUCACUCUGGAGGAGGUGUGGCGCCAGGGAGGCAUCCACCUGCACCGCCUUGUGGCGCAGUGCUACGUGGGCCCCGGCAGGCGGUGUGAUGAAGGGCACGGUGUGUGGCGAUCAACCUUCACUCGCUACGGCCUGUGCCACACAUUCUCUGGGGCCUUCACCUCCACGACCGGGCCUCACUUCGGCAUUUACCUUCAGCUUCGUUAUCGUGGACACCCGUACGGACACAAAUUUCGGGGCUUCAAGGUGGCUGUGCACGACCCUCUGCGCCUGGCAUCCGAGGCCAUCGAGGACGGAAUGCCCUGCCCUCAGAAGAUCACCAAAACACGCAGGAAGUUUGGCUGUCACCGCCUUGUGUCCGUCACGCUGAAGCACGUGCAGCUCCUGGACCGCACAUCACGCCCGUGUCGCCAGCAAGACAACUAUAGCAGCAAGGAGUGCCGCCUCACAUGUUUGCACGCACACGUCCUGCGGCGCCACGGCUGCAGGCUGCCGUACAUGCUAGGCGAGGGGCGAGCCUGCCGGACGGAGGAGGAAGUGCGGCGCGUGUUCGAGGCCAUCUACCAUCUGCAUGACUACGGCCGCUUCAACUACACCGCCGCCUGUGACUGUCCGCCCGCCUGCACCCUCACCAUCUACCGCGCCAACACCGACACCACCUGGAACACUCAGAGAAACUCCGUCGUCAAGAUGGAGUGGAACAACCGGCAACAAAUUGUUCACAAAUGGCAGCCUUUUGGCUUGCAGCAGAUGCAGAUUCAGCAACAACAACUGCAACAGCAGCAUCAGUUGUCUGCGCAGCAUCAACAGCAGCAGCAGCAGCAACAGCAACACCCACAGCCUCCACCCCCUCAGCAGCAGCCUCAGCCACAGCAACAGAUGCAGCAGCAGCAGCUCCAGCUACCUCCUCUUCAGAUGUCCCAGUUGGUGCCGAAGAUGAACAACAGGACGGGCGGGUCCAGCACGCCGCACUGCCUGGUCUGCAAUGUGCACCUCGGGAUGUUUGCCAAGGGUGGCAUGGAGGUGUUCUCAGAGAAGGUCACCACCACCAGCGGGAAGCUGCAGAUCCACAACGUGCUGGGCUCCAUCAUCAAUGCUGAGCUGAGCACCACCGCCGUGCACUCCAGCAUCGUGUGCAAGAAGUGCUUCAAGCUGCUGGAUGACAUUGACGCCCUGGAGGUGCAGCUCGUCGGCAUGAAGCAGCUUGUGUCCAGCAAGUACACCAUGACCCUGGCGCUGGUGAAGAAAGGUCUGGUGGGCAAGGCAGUGCUGGAGGAGACCCCCAAGCAGCAGCAGCAACAGCAGCAGCAGCAACAGCAGCAACAAGGGCAGCAAGGACAGCACCAACAGCAGCAGAUCAGUUCACCAACAAAGGCUAAAAAGUUGGCUCCAAAGACCCUGGCCACAGGGAAGGGCAUAAAAUCCAAAGGUGGCACAAGAAGAGGCCGGCCACCCAAGACGGUGCGUCCACGGAAAGUUGGGAAGCUGGCAGUGAAGUCUGGCAAGCUGGUGGUGAAGGGUGUGGAUGUGGAGCUGGCACCGGAGGUGGAGCUCAAGGAGGAGAGCGUGUCCUCCGAGGACGAGGAGGGAGUGCCGGUGGAGCUGGAGCUGGCUGAGGAUACAGAAGAUGAGGCUGGAUCCAGCGUGUGCUCUUUGUGUAACAAGGAAUUUCCAUCAAGAACACUUUUGGCAUCACAUCUCGAAACUCAUGGAAUUAACUAUGAAUCUCACAAGUGUGAAAUUUGUGAAAAAAGUUUCCUUACUGCAGAGAGUCUUAUUAAACAUAAAAAAUUGCACAAAGGAAAGAAAAAGAGUGUUAAACGAAGGGCAGGCUGCCCAGCCUUUGACAUCACUCACAUAAAGCAGUUUAAGUGUCGACAGUGCAACAAAGUGUUCACCACCAAGAGCAAGGCAGAGGACCAUGAGCGGACUCACACGGGGGAGAAGCCCUUCGAGUGCGACAUCUGUGGCACGUGCUUCAGGCAGAAAAGCAACCUCUCUUCUCACAAGAGAGUGACUCACCUGCAGGAGAGGCGAUACAAGUGUGAGUUGUGUGACAAGGCCUUCAAGUGGAAACGGUUAUUGAACGGCCACACCAUGAGCAUUCACACCGGAGAACGGCCCUACAAGUGUGAGUUUUGUGAGACAGGUUUUGUGUAUCAGCAGCAUUAUAAAAAGCACUUGAGGAUUCACACCGGUGAGAAACCUUUUAAGUGUGAAGUGUGCGGGAAGGCGUUCAAUUCUUCAAACAACUGCAGGGCCCACAUGUUCACCCACUCGGACAAAAAGCCGUACGAGUGCACCAUAUGUGGGGCGGGAUUCAUGCGCAAGCCCCUCGUUCUGUCCCACAUUAAGCAGCACGGUCACAUGGACAACCUGGAGGUGUAUGUCAAGGCCAACUCGCCCACCACAGCAGUGGUGGUGGCGGGCGAGAGCAGCGGUAACAUGGACGGUGACAGAAGCCCUGUCCCCUAUGCCAUCGUCCGCAGGAGGAAGCCAAACCGAGAGCCAACACACACUGCAGUGAUGCACAUGACUCAGGGACCACCACAGCCUGCCCACAACAACAUGGAGGAGAGCAUUCCUCACUUCAUCAUCCCCACCAAUGACGGCAGAGAGGCCACCGCAACUGGGGAGACAAUGGGCUACAUGUUUGGCACCUUCCAGACGCAGGGCACGGUGGGUCACUACACGCCCCUCAACCUGGGCCAGUGGUGAGCUGGAGGGCAGCAGCAGCCACACAUACUGCUCUGCACACCAUUGUGUCAGUGGUGCACUGAUGUGGUUUAUUUCAAGUUGCAUUUAAGGUCCCUCUGCCAAAGUGGUUUGAGAUAUCUGGCUGCUCCUCUGAAUGGGGAAUGAAGUGACAGUCAUCAAAGGUGUGGGCAUUAUUUUUGAACCUCAAUCUUGUGGUGUUGGUACACUUGUAAUAUUUGGCUCAUCUGCUGCCUUUGCUCUGGUAAGAGAAAUUUCUGGUGUGUGUUGAGCGCGCACGGUAUUUAUACUAACUCUCAAACACGAACAAAAUCAGUAUUUCAUGCAUAUUCAUCCCAUUCUUCAUUGUAGGUCUCACAGAAGUACAGUUUCUGCACUGCAUAGUGAACAUAAUAACUAAUUAAAGUCAUAUAUUUUCUUUUCUAUCAAUUCAUUAGAAGCUGCACACUGUACACACUGUAGGGCUUCUGUGUAUCAUAAGGUGGAGUCAAUCACCUGAUUUUCACAUUGGGAAUCAGUGGAGUUAGUAAUCUCAGGAAUUUCUAUUAUUGCAUUUUUUCAGUACUUUUCACUUCCAAAAUGGUUCAAGAACAACCUUGUUCUUGAACCUCUUUCACUGGAGGCAGUAAACACACCAUUUUAUUCUUUUUGUUCUAGAUACAGUUACUGCACAAGUCUCAGUGAAUGAUAGGAAAGUGUUCUUCCUGACGUAUCGUCAAUAUUUUUGAUAUUCAAAAGUGUGUUUUGUCAGAAACAUUUUCAUGAAAUGUGUAAAUACAUCAUCCUUGCAAAGGAGCCAUUGUAACUUGUAAUUGACUUCCCAUUUCAUAUUUGACAUUGUCAUAAUAGCUGCAUAACUGCAGAAAAUUUGUGAAUUCUACCUCAUAUCUUUCUCUUUUAUAUAUAACAAUUUCAAUUCUGUAGUGUGCCUUUGAUCAGAGUAUUUAUUUAGGACUACCAGUAAAACAGCAAAAAUUAAUUUAAUAUGUAUACUGUACAAUCCAAAUGGUUCUGCUAACCAUUUUGUAAUUUUACAUGUAGGUCACAGAGGAGUGGUGGUGAUCCUCCUCUUCAGAGGGAUGUCAGUUGUAUAGUUAUAUAGAUCCAUGACACACCAAUAUUACCAAACCACCAGUACUUACCCAACACAUGACACACUAGUGUCAAUUUUUAUCAUUGCUAUGGAACCUGACAUGAAACACAGUCUCUCUCUCUCUCUCUCUCUCUCUCUCUCUCUCUCUCUCUCUCUCUCUCUCUCUCUCUCUCUCUC